UGCCAUCUGACAGAGCAGAGGGACAUGAGUGGGAAGAUUCCUCUGCCGUAUCAUCUACCAUCCCUUCUUGGAGCUCUGCUCCUGUCUGGCCUCUCCCUGGCCUGUGCUCAGCAGCUUCCUGGGCGUCCCGAGAGCAGGGUGGGCUAAGGCUCCUUCGGGCUGCUCUUGCCUCAGGGCCCACCCCUCUCCUCUUCUCUCCCACCUUGCCUCCUCUAGGCCAACCCCCGGAACUCGGCCCUUCACUCUAGCAUCAUGGCAGCAGCCCUGGCCCACAAUCCCCGAGAGGCACUGCUCUGGGCCUUAAGUGACCUUGAGGAGAAUAAUUUCAAGGUAUUCAAGUUCCACUUACGGGAUCAAAGCCUGUUUGGAGGUCAGUUCCAGUUGGCCCGAGGGGAGCUGGAGGGCUUAAAUCGGGUGGACCUGGCUUCUCGGCUGAUUUCAAUAUGUGGAGCCCAGGAGGCUGUGAAGGUGGUACUCAAGGUCCUGAAGAUAAUGAACCUGAUGGAACUUGUGGACCAGCUCAGCCACGUUUGUCUGAAUGAUUACAGACACAUUUACCGAGAGUAUGUGCGCUGCCUACUGGAGAGGUGGGAAGGAGGUGUCCACAAGAAAUACAACCAGCUGCUCCUGGUGACCAAGCCCAGCUCCGGGAGCCCAGUCUCACCUGUGGGCGCUGCCCUGGAGCAGGAGUCGGACUCUGACACGGUGAAGGCUCUAUUUGAUCCGGCGGCUGAGGCCUCCCAACACCCUCCCCUCGUGGUCCUCCAGGGGAGUGCUGGCAUGGGAAAGACGACGCUGGUCAGAAAAAUGGUCCAGGACUGGGCUGCUGGCACCCUGUACCAGGGCCAGUUUGACUAUGUUUUCUAUGUGAGCUGCAGAGAAGUGGUCCUGCUGCCAGAGGGCAAGCUGAAGCAACUUCUUUUCUGGUGUUGUGGGGACAACCAAGCCCCUGUCAACGAGAUUGUGAGACAGCCAGAGCGGCUGCUGUUUCUCCUGGAUGGCUUUGACGAGCUGCAGAGGCCCUUUGCCGUGGGGCUGCAGAAGCUGGGGCAGAGUCCCAUGGAGCGCUUGCUGACCUGCCUGAUGAAGAGAGAGGUGCUACCCACGUGCUCCCUUCUGGUCACAACUCGGCCCCUGGCUUUGCAGAAUCUCGAAUCCCUGCUGAAGAAACCACGCCACAUUCACGUCCUGGGCUUCUCUAAGAAAGAGAGGGAGAAGUAUUUCAGCAUUUAUUUCACAGAUAAGGAGCAAGCCAGGAACGCUUUUGCCAUCGUACAAGGAAGUGAUGUUCUCUACAAAGCAUGCCAGGUUCCAGGCAUUUGCUGGGUGGUCUGUUCUUGGCUGAAGGGGCAGAUGGAGAGAGGCAGCGAGAUCUCAGAGAUGCCUGGUAACGACACUGACAUCUUCAUGGCCUAUGUUUCUACUUUCCUGCCACCCAGUGGCAACGAGGGCUGUCCUGAGGCUUCUCGGGAUAAGGUUCUGCAGGGUCUGUGCUCUUUGGCAGCGGAGGGCAUCCAGCAACAGCAGUUUCUAUUUAAGGAAGAAGACGUGAGGAAACAUGGUUUAGAUGGGCCCAGCCUCCCCCACUUCUUGAAUAGCAGUGAUUACUAUGAAGGACUCGACACCAAGAAGUUCUAUAGCUUCCGCCACAUUAUUUUCCAGGAGUUUUUUCAUGCUAUCUCCUACCUAGUGAAAAAGGACAAGGACCAGAUGGGUAAAGGAUCUUGUAGAGAAGUGAGCAGGCUGUUAGAUGAAAAGGAGGAGGCAGGGGGUGAGGAGAUGACUCUCAGUAUGCAUUUUUUACUGGACAUAUCCAAAAAAGAGAGCUCCUCAAACUUGGAGCUAAAGUUCUGCUUUAAGAUUUCCCCCUCAAUCAAGCAAGACCUGAAAUAUUUCAGAGAACAAAUGGAGUCUAUAAAGCACAACAGGACCUGGGACUUAGAGUUUUCCUUGUAUGAUUCUAUGCUAAAGAAGCUGAGGAAGGGAGUUCAGAUGAGUGACCUGUCCUUCACAGUGGGACAUUCCAAUGACAAGAGAGCCCAAAGUAGUAGCUCCUUUAAUGUCCAAAUCGGCUUGAAUGAUGGGCAGAAAGAGGAGGUAAAGAGGUCUUUCAUGGGCAAAGGCAAAAUAGCAGGGUCCCAAAAGGAGACUUCUAGUAGGGAAAAGGCAGAGGGACAUAGCGACUGGACUAAAGACAAAGAGGCUAGGAACAACAGGGUGGAAAACAGAAAUAGGAGCAAAUCAGAAUUAAAUGGACAAAAAGAUGUGACCAUGCAGUUCUGUGUUGAACUUUCUUCUAUAAAAUGA